AUGACUGCUUUCAAAGCUUCCACCUGCUGCCGCCAGGGCGAUUCCGAAUGUGCUUGUGCUCGCCAAGCUACUUGCAGCUGCGGCCAGAAGCCCGCUCUCCACUGCACCUGCGAGAAGGCCGCUUCCGAAAACACCAUCCAGACCGGCGCUCGCUGCUCGUGCCGCGCGCGUCCUGCCGGUGAAUGCACCUGCCAGCGCGCUGCGUCCGAGAACACUCUUCCCACUGGCUCGAAGUGCCCUUGUGGUCGCCGUGCCGCCAACGCCUGCACCUGCGAGAAGGCCUCUGACGGUGGCUUCAACCCUGCCAACGAGAUUGACUUCACCACCCGCAAGUAG